AUGCCUUGGUUUGAAAGUCUGUCCGACUUCGUCACUGCUCUGUCGCCGCGCCGACAGCCCCAAGAUCAACGGUCUGCAGUCCAGCGUGGACCAACCACGACCCCUCCUCCUCGCACUCGACGUGCCCAACCCUCUCACAACCCCUUCAUUUCCGGAUCCGACGACGACACCUAUCCCAGUGAAGUGACCGCUGGCGGGGACGUUCCUCCCUCUACACAUCCAGAGGCGCUUCAUAGUUAUGUCGAUACAUUCCCCUCUCAACCUGGAUCCCCAAUUGCACGCGAACGACUUCGCGAGCGGAAUUCGCAGCCUUUUCUAGCGCUCGGCACCUGGCUGGGCCAGUCGCCGCAGAUGGUGAACAAGGAUAAGCGGGCCAAUUCCCAAGAUCGAAAAGAUGAGGUCCGCUUAUUGGGAGGGACGUACACCAGGGACGCUCAGAACGGGGUUAAGAUCACACCUGGGCAAACGUUACCGAAGAACAAAAAGCCGGGGGCUAGCUUCGGGUUCUCCCCAAUGGACCAUAUCUCGCGCUCGCAAAAUGGACGAACGAGUGGACCUGUCCGCUCCCAAGGGAAAACAAAUAAGCAGAAUUCGACCGCAAAGCAAUCCUCUCAUCUGGAUGAUGCAUUUGAGGAAUCUAAUCGACCGAAUAAGAGGCGACGACAAAGUGACCCGAUUGAUCUUGUAAAUGAUGAUAUGAGCGCAACGGACUCGAUCAGAAAUCGCUCACCUCAUACUUCGCCACUCGCUCCCUCCAAGUCCAAAGGAAAGUAUCGUGCAAUGGAGAUCGACGAGUUCAGAGACACGGAAAAUAUGUUGUCGCGCAGUCCUCGUCGUGCUCGGGAUGCUCGCGGCUCUUCUCGGGUAUCUCAAAUUGAACGCUUCUCGGAAAUUGCCACGCAACAACGCCGCAAUCGGUUUGACGUCCUAAAUUCCCUAUCUAAAGCCAAUGGCGAUCCAGAUCGGGCCUCGAGGUCCCUUCUGCUGGACGAGAUUGAAGGUUCAACGAAGCCUGCUGGUGAUUCUGAGACAGCUCGUCGAUCUGACCCUGAAAGUCCGGACGAACUUCAAGGUGAUGUUACGACUCAGCCAUUGCCCAAGUCCUGGGCGACCAUUAUUAACUACACCCACGCACGCAAAAACGAGGAUCGGGUUGAAAGUCCUCGUCGAAAACGCUCACCCACCGACAUUCGAUCUACUGACUUCGCCGGAUCACCACGGCAAGGUCCGAAGCGGACUAAGCGCUCUCACAAGAACGCUGAUAUUCGCAUUCCAUUGCAAGUGUCCUUUUUUCGAAUUGGACAAUUUACCAACUCAUGCAUGAAAGAAGAGACUGCUACUUUACAUAUGGGACCAGAUGGACUUGAUAUCUCCGGAUAUCUACUUGACAGUGGUAGCGACAUACAGAUUCUUUUCAGACAUGUUCGUCAAGUCUUUUCUGGCGAGGACCCAAGCCGGAAAGUUAGAAUCAAGCUUUCGCAGGGUUCUACCGGGGCUGGCCAAAUACUAGACAUCGAGUUUUCGACUAAAGCCCAGAAGACUGCUUUGAUCACAAGGUUGCAAGUCGCCAAUGUUACUGUACUUGAAAGAGACAUGAAAUGGAUGGACAAGGCGUUUGCAAGACAUGAAAAGGAUGUGGCACAGUGUGGGACCCCGUCCAAGAACACUGUUCUCGAUGAUCACACGGAAGAUCCCGCUCCUGUGCCCAAGGUGACCUCCACCCCACGACGAAAGAUCUCAGACUUUUUGCAGGAUGCAAAUGGCGAGUUUGGGGAUGAGUCGUUACUUGAAGACAAGCGUGAUAGCAAGCUAUCUUCGAAAUGGACGGACGGCAAUAUCGAGUCCAGGAAAAAGUCGGAAGACAAGAAAGAUCGCCCUGAUACCGACGCCGACGCCGGAGUCGAGAUUCCCGUGAGACCUUUCAAGGCUAUCCAUGACCCACCCGAACGAGAGACUCGAUCUUCGGCACGUCGUGCGCCGAAAAAGAACGACCGACAUGACGGCGAAGACUCCGGCAAAGAAGCUGCAUAUCUCAAAAAUGAUACCGGCCGCGACAAGUGGAAGAAAUCGUUGGUUUAUCCCCGAAACGGGAAGAAAAAAGCUGAGGUUAACCUCGAUGACCGUGACCGACUUCUUCCGGACGAGUUCUUGAACGACAACCUUAUCGCAUUCUAUAUGCGUUUCAUUCAGGAUCAUCUUGAGCGUACCAACAAGAAGGCGGCCGAGCGGAUCUACUUUUUCAAUUCUUACUUCUUUGCAACCCUCACAAAUACUGCUCGAGGUGAGCGCGGGAUCAACUAUGGUGGUGUGGAGAAGUGGACUCGCGCUGUUGAUCUUUUCACGUAUGAUUAUGUUGUCGUUCCCAUUAAUGAGAAUGCUCAUUGGUAUGUUGCUAUCAUUUGCAACUUGCCAAGUUUGGCUCUCGAGUCUGCGGACCCUGCGGAGUCGGCCCAACCACCUAUAAACGGCAAGGAAUCUCCCAGGCCCCAUAAUGAGGUGGAAGAAAUACGCGAAACUCCUGAACCGGAACAGGCAUCCGUGCCAGAGUCCGAAGCUACCUCUGACGAAUCAUCCAAAUCGACGUCUAAGAGACGUUCGAAGGAGAGUGAAACCCGGAAGUCAUUUUCUUUCCUUUCGAUUGGGAACAAGUCAGAGGACCAGCAAUCUGCCGAAGACUCUUGGCCGGAACCAGACGAAGCUCCCACUGCUCCAAUCACAAAGUUCUUCACUCCCACGCCUCAGAAGCUCACUGUUGACCAGACUAGAGCAACCAAGUCAGCGAGCAAGCCCGAGAAGAAAACACGGAAAGGACCCAGGUUGAGUCCCAGCCAGACCUCCAUUAUCACAUUUGAUUCUCUCGGCAUCGGCCGCAGCACUACUGUCAGAAUGCUCAAAGACUACAUCUGCCGCGAAGCAAUGGCUAAGCGUGGCGUGGAAAUCGACACGAAGACAAUCAAGGGCAUGUGCGCACGUCAAAUCCCUCUUCAGCCAAACUUUUCCGACUGCGGCCUUUACCUGCUUGCCUACUUGGAGAAGUUUGUCCAGAGCCCUGAUGACUUCAUCACGAAAACGCUCCAGCGUGAUAUGGAUUCUCAUCUCGACUUCCCUCCUUUGGGCUCGGGUCUCCUACGCCGGCGCCUUCGCGAUUUCCUCGAUGAGCUUUACGACGAACAGAGACAAGCCAACAAAUACAAGGCCGAACCUGCGCAGGUCAUGGCGGAUCGACAGCCAAUCUCUUUCCUGCUAGGCCCACCCCUGUCAGCACAAGAGAAGACUGAAAAAGUGGAGGAGAUCCCGGAGCCACAGCCUCAACAGCAGCUCAAAAAACCAAAGGACUCCGUAACCGUGGAACUCGGACCCCGUACAACCCGAAAGACAGAAGAGCAGGAGAGCGAAGACUCAAGUCUGGACCAGGUUCAGAUGGUCCCUCUCACAAGAUCGGCCCCCAAAUCAGCAACUCCCUCCAAACACCUCAAACCCCCAAAGGAGCGAAGUGCCCGCUCUUCGCCUGUUAAGGAAGAACCGGUCAUUCAAGUCCCUGAUAGCCAAGAAGAACAUCAAGUUCCAGGCACACCCACACGAACGUCAGUGGAACGGAUACGACGGAGUCCACGGGGUCCUUCGCGCAAGGGAUGA